AUGUCUUCCAUACCGUAUUUUCGGGAGCCGUUUUGGUUUAUAGAUUUGUUGGAGUUCCAGUUCGAGUUCGUCUUUGUCGAAAUCUCACGCACUUGUACCAGCAGCUCGUUGGCCUCGGAAGCAAUGGCCGCAGCCGCAGCGGCAGUCGUGGAUUACAAGAACGUGGCCGAAGCAGGGGUGGUCGCCGUGAAGGGCUUCGCUGAUGUGGGCGGCGCUGCAACAAGUGGCCAGUGCUGUUUAAACAAAGCGGCAAUGAUCAAUUGCACUUCCAGUGGCGACGGAAAAGUCCUCGUCAAAGAGUGUCCAGAUUGCGGUUACCAGUACUGCUCAUAUCAUUUCCGUGCUACGGGAGCCUUGGCCAGUGGUGGGCAUUGUUGUAGGAACGACCGGGGGAAUAACCCCUCCAACAGUUGCGCAGUGCUUGGCCUGGCGCAGAACAGGUGCUCAGGGAAGCUCACGCAGUGCUUGACGUGCGCCAAGAAGAACCCGACACAGUCCUGGUACUGCGCAUACCACAUCUCGGAAGGAAGCUGGUAUGGCAUGAUGGGAGGGCACGUGUGCGGAUGA